AAUCAUCAAUUAGUUUGGAAAUCCUGCCACAGCUUACUCCUUGUGGUAAUAACCCCUUUUAGGUGUAAAUCAGUGUGGAAAUGCCUUCAUUUAAAAAAUUUUGAACCCCAUAUGAUAUCAGAGCAUUCAUACUGGAGAGAAAACCUAUGAAUUUACUGAAUGUGGUAAAACUUUCACUCACAUGUUGCACCUCAUAAAUGUAGAAGUCAGGCUGGAGAGAAACCUUGUGCUUCUAAGGAAUAUUGAAAAGCCUUUAGCUAGAUAACAAAUCUCAUUGAGUAGAAGAAAAUUCAUACUGGAGAGAAACCAGUGAAUGUAACAAAACUUCAUUUGAGUAUUAGAAAAUUUAGAGUUGAAGAGAAAGCUUUGAAGGUACUAAGUAUGAUAAAGUUUUCUCUUGAACCUUAUCUCUUACUCUGCAUUUGAAAGGUCAUACACAGAGAAGCCCUACAAAUGUAAGAAAUGUGGAAAUACCUUCAGCUAAAAGUAAAUUCUCAUUCAUCAAAAAAUUCAUACUGGAGAGAAAUCUUGUGAAUGUGGGAAAGCUUCCAUUCAGAUGUCACACCUCAGUCAGCAGAGAGUUUGUAGUGGGGAAAACCCCUUUGCCUGUAAGGUAUGUGGGAAAGUCUUCAGCCACAAAUCAACUCUCACUGAGCAUGAGCAUUUUCAUAAUAGAGAGAAACCUUUUGAAUGUAAUGAAUGUGGAAAAGCAUUCAGCCAAAAGCAGUAUGUUAUUAAACAUCAAAAUACCCAUACUGGAGAGAAGCUUUUUGAAUGUAAUGAAUGUGGAAAAUCCUUCAGCCAGAAGGAAAACCUUCUUACCCAUCAGAAAAUUCACACUGGAGAGAAACCUUUUGAGUGUAAGGAUUGUGGGAAAGCUUUCAUUCAGAAGUCGAACCUCAUCAGACACCAGAGAACUCACACAGGAGAGAAGCCCUUUGUAUGUAAGGAGUGUGGGAAAACCUUCAGUGGCAAGUCAAACCUUACAGAGCAUGAGAAAAUUCAUAUUGGAGAGAAACCCUUUAAGUGUAGUGAAUGUGGAACAGCUUUUGGUCAGAAGAAGUACCUCAUAAAACAUCAAAAUAUUCACACUGGAGAGAAACCCUAUGAAUGUAAUGAAUGUGGAAAAGCCUUCUCUCAGCGAACGUCACUUAUUGUACAUGUGAGAAUUCAUUCAGGUGAUAAGCCUUAUGAAUGCAAUGUAUGUGGAAAAGCCUUCUCUCAAAGUUCAUCUCUUACGGUGCAUGUGAGAAGCCAUACAGGUGAGAAACCCUAUGGUUGUAAUGAGUGUGGAAAAGCUUUCUCUCAAUUCUCAACCCUUGCUCUACAUUUGAGAAUACACACAGGUAAGAAGCCUUAUCAAUGUAGUGAAUGUGGGAAAGCUUUCAGCCAGAAAUCACACCAUAUUAGACACCAGAAAAUUCAUACUCAUUAAAAACCUGUGGAUAUCAUGAAAGGUGUUCAUCAGGAAUUUACAUCUCAUAACAUAUCAGAAAUAAUCAUUCUGAAGGAAAGCAUCACAAAUGAGAGAAACAAAAGCUAAAAACUUAAAGGACACCAGAGAAUUCAUCCUGAAGAGAAAGACAUUUGUAUGAUAAUAUUCAGUUAAAAAAAAAACAGCAAAGGUAAUGCUGAAACUUUAGAUGCAUUUCCACUAAAAUUGGGAAUGGAAAACAUGUUUAACAUUGCCGUCUGCAUGGAUAUGGAGAUCUUCACCAAUGUAAAAAAAAUAAAAAGGUUGCAAGUAUUAGAAAGGAAGAGACUUUUAUGAUAUUGAUUUAGCAGAACAGAAGAGAUUCUGGAAACACCUAUGCAUUUAUUAGAAUUUAUAGAAAUGGCAUCAGGAGAUGAGAAUAUAAUGGGACUAUUUGAAAAAUGAUUUGGAGGAAAUUUGUUCUCCAAGGGGAAAAAAAAACCCACGAACUAUACACAAAGGUAAGAUCCAAGGGGGUUAGGUUAAAAACAGUAAUAUGAAAAAGCUACAUACUAAAAUGGUUAUGACCUUGGGAGUUGGGAAACAUUCCUUACAGCAAAUUGAAAAACACCUAGCAAUUCUACUCUGAGUUUGUAUGCUCAGGAAAUGUGUACCAGGCUAUUUACUGUGGCAUGAUAUGUAGUAGUCAUAAAUUGGAAACAACUUAAAUGCCCAUCAGCAACAAAAUGGAAAAUACUUAUGAUGGAAUACUGUAUAUCUGUAAAAUGUAAUAAAUGAGAUCUAUAUGUAUUACAGAGAAAGAUCUCAAAAAUCAUGUUGAGGGGGAAAGAUAAAGUUGCAGAAUGACAUAUAAUACAAUGAGUUUUGUAAAUUUGAAUAAAACUUCUCUCAAAAUUGCAGUGCUAUAUAUUGGUAAUAGAUACAUAUAUGUAUGUAUGUUUUUUAAAUGUUUUUGAAAUGGUUUGGAAGGAUACAGACCAAACUCUUGAUAGUGGUUGCCUGUGAAGAGUGGAGAAGGGAAGGGAAUGCGUGUAGGAGAGGGGGGGAUUGGACUGGUUAGAGGGGACUUCAGUUUUAUAUAUAAACGUCCAUUUCUCUUAAAAAAAAAAAAAAAGACUGCAAGAAAAUAUAUUGAAAUACUGGUUAAUUCUGGAUUGUGGUAUAUGGAUAUCUUGUCUUAUUUUUUGUACUUUUCUGUAUUUUAAAAUUUUCUCAAAAUUAACAAGAAUGGGGGUGAGGAUGGGAACACUGUACCUAUAGAAGUCAUGUUCUAAUGGAUUCAUUCGCAAUCAGCUACUAAACUUUUUAUAGAAAAUAUUUCUAAAAUUUUAUCAAUGAGUGGA